AUGUCUCCUUCAGAGAUUAUUCGAAAGACAUAUCACAAAAAAGAUUCAGAAGCUUUGGCUUUGUUAAGCCCGACACUUGAUCCCUUACGAAUACCAUAUGAAGAUAUACUAUCCGCUACCAGCAACUUUGCAAAUGACAAGUUGAUAAAACGAGGCGAAUUUUCAGAAGUUUACAGAGGAAAACUUUUGCGGUCUAAAGAAUGGAUCGAUGUUGUCAUACGGAGCUUUCGUUCUGCUUCAUUGGGGCCGGAACGAAUUGACUUCCUGAGAGAGAUUCAGCAACUCUCCGAGCUUAACCAUACAAAUGCUUUGUCUUUUGUUGGCUUCUGUGAUGAGGAUGGUCAGAAAAUAAUGGUUUGCGAGUAUCAACACAACGGAAGUCUGGACAAAUAUAUAAGUGAUCCAACGGCUCUCCCAUGGUUGAAAAGACUGAAAAUAUGUCUAGGUGCCGCAAGAUUUUUUAAAUAUAUUCAUGAGGAUCUCCAAGUUCUGUUACAUUAUGACUUUUGCUAUGAAAUCAAGAGCUCUAAAAUCUUGUUAGAUAGAGAUUGGGAAGCCAAGGUAUUUUGUUUUGGAUUUCACUUGGGAUAUAAGGUGGGUUUUCCUCACUUAAGGAGUCGUUCACGCAAAGACGGAUCAGAUGAUACUAAAUCCCACAUGUCUGAUGUUUACUCUUUCGGAGUGUUAUUGUUUGAACUCGUCUGCGGGAAGAAAGCAGAUGUUCAAGAAUGCCAAUCUUUAGCUCGAAUGGGAAAGCUAGAGGAGAUUAUCAAUCCGGAUCUAAGGAAACAACUGCAUCCAAUCUCAUUGUCAAUCUUGUCACAAUUAGCUUAUGAUUGUGUGUUGAGACGAAGGGAUGGCCCACACAUGAGUAAGAUUGUGGAAACACUUCAGCAAGCGUCGGGUGAAUUGCCAUUAAAACGGGAAUAUUUUGUAAGAUCCUUCAUACUCGAUCUCCUUUAUAUCUACUGUCUUUUCAAUCCAUAA